GCUUUCUGUUCGGAGAUGUGUGAUCCAUUUAAUUAUGGACCUAACUGUAUGUACGACUGUGAUUGUUCGAGUAGCGGUUGUAACAGAUUAACUGGAGUCUGUUCUUGUGGACCUGGUCUCACUGGCAGCAAGUGUGAAAAGAGUUGUCCACAUGGUACAUGGGGUGAUGGUUGUAAAAAGACCUGUAGUUGUGAUGGUCAGGGAGGCUGUGAUGGUGUGACUGGACAAUGUUUCUGUAAACCAGGAUUUGUUGGCGUUUCUUGCGAUCUAAAAUGCUCUAAUGGAAAGUAUGGUCAGGAUUGCCAACAGAGCUGUCCAUGUGUGAUGUCUCAAGCCACUGGAUGUGAUCCUGUGUUGGGAACGUGUAAAUGUAAACCAGGAUUUCAGGGCAACCAUUGUGAGAAGCCGUGUCCAGUUGGACUUUAUGGACCAAGUUGUAACCAAAUAUGUUCUUGUAAGAAUAAAGCACCGUGUGACCCAGUUAGCGGUCAGUGUAUUUGUCUAGCAGGAUUUCAAGGCUCUCAAUGUGAACAGGCCUGUCCUGAAAGUUACUAUGGUGAUAAGUGUAAUACAGUUUGCAAUUGUUUACGUGGCGAUUGCAGUCCGUCUACUGGAAGUUGUUCGUGUCUACCUGGAUGGUCUGGGCCAACCUGUAACAACAAAUGUACAGCUAAUCAUUAUGGUAGUGGAUGCUCUGGUGUAUGCCAGUGUCAAAAUGGUGGUGUUUGUGAUUUCACAGAUGGCUCUUGUGCUUGUAGUUCUGGUUUUACGGGAGAUAAGUGCGACGUGAAAUGUCCGAACAAUACGUACGGUGUUGAUUGUCAAACACCAUGUCCUUAUUGUGCUCACUCUGCUGGUUGUGAUCCCAUCAAGGGAACUUGUAUCUGUACACCGGGAUAUCUUGGCGUUCAAUGUGAUCAACCAUGCUCUCCUGGUUACUAUGGUGAUGGGUGUAAAACUUCAUGCAAAUGUUCCACCAACGGUAGCUGUAAUAAUUUUGAUGGUAGUUGUGUAUGUAGUCCAGGGUUUAUGGGUCCAUUGUGUAAUCAGAUGUGUACGAGUGGAACAUGGGGUCCAGGAUGUAUAAACAAAUGUGAUUGUCCCUCUCACUCUACAGGCUGUGAUAGAAUUAAUGGACAGUGUACAUGUACACCUGGAUUUACGGGAGUGAAGUGUAUACAGAGUUGUGUGCAGGGAUUAUGGGGACAGGACUGCAGCAACAACUGCCAGUGUAACAGUUCUACUAGUUACUGUAGUCCCCUAGAUGGAAGCUGUUCCUGUCAUCAGGGCUAUACGGGUUCUAGUUGCGAUCAACCUUGUCCACCAGGGCGAUAUGGCGAGGGAUGUAAACUAACUUGUAUUUGUCUGAAUGGAGCUACAUGUGAUCAAACUACUGGAGCCUGUGUUUGUGCUGAUGGUUUUAAGGGAUUCAACUGUAGUCAGGGUAAGUUUUUGCAAUAUAAGUUGGCACCUUGA